AUGGUGGCCUAUGAGGAAGAGAAGACAGGAUUUAGUGACGAGUUAAAUUUAGAGCUGGGCUUAUAUGAACUGUUUCUUCACAGGAAUUUCCAAGGAAAUUCUAUUUCUUACGUUGACAAAAAUGUAUGGAAGGCAUACCGUUGGACUGAGAAACUAAUUCUCAGUGAAAAUCUCCUGACUGAAUUACGUAAGGACUCAUUUGAAGGCCUGCUAUCUCUCCAGGUUUUGGAUUUAUCCUGCAAUAAAAUACGCUAUAUUGAAAGAAGGACAUUUGAGUCGUUACCUUUUUUGAAGUAUAUGAACCUUGGGUGCAAUUUACUCACUGAACUGAGCUAUGGAACAUUUCAAGCAUGGCAUGGAAUGCAGUUUUUACAGAAAUUAAUCCUCAGCCAGAACCCUCUGACAGUUGUUGAAGAUCCCUACCUUUAUAAGUUGCCAGCAUUAAAAUAUUUAGACCUGGGGACAACACGUGUGCCGCUAGCAGCGCUUGAGAACAUCCUCAUGAUGAGCCUGGAGCUGGAGCAUCUAAUCUUACCUAGACAUAUGGCCUGCUGCCUCUGCAAAUAUAAAACUGAUAUUGAGGUUGUCUGCAAGACAGUCAAACUGCAUUGCCAUACUGGAUGUCUGACAAACACCACACAUUGUCUUGGAGCAUCUAUAGGGAACCCCGAAGGAGCAUUCAUGAAGGUGUUGCAGGCCCGGAAGGAGAACACCAGCACUGAGGUCACUAUUGAACCAGAGAUGGGCUAUCCAGAAAAAGAUGAUCUUAGCUCUUCAGGCUUCAUGGACGAGCAGCUCGACUUUAACGAUGAAAGUGAUGUGAUUAGUGCCCUGAAUUACAUACUGCCAUAUUUCUCAGAGGGAAAUCUGGAAGAUGUAGUGUCGACAUUGCUACCAUUUAUAAAACUGCUGUUUUCUAAUGUACAAAAUGCAGAUGGUUCACUGGAAUCCUACAAAAAUGAUUCAAGGAGGCUUGCUCUUAACCCUGUACCAAAAACAAGUAAGAUGGCUUACAAAAAUAAACUGAAUAAACUUUAUUUUCUAGAGAAUUUGUUAGAUACAGAGAUUGGUGAGGUUAGAAAGAAAGAGAAAACUGCCAUGCUUAUGCAGCAGUCUGGCCACUUGAGUCCCAAAUUUAAACGACUAAUAUUUGGAAAGAGAUGGGCACCUGCCCAGGCAGAGGAAAACAGUCUCGCAGAGAUUGAGAAGGCAGAGAAAAGACUCCACAGCCUGAACAGAGUGCUCAAGAGGACAGGAAGCAGACAGAAAAGGCGCUUCAGGGAAGUGAGUGACAAGAGCCUGUGGAAUAAGCAGAGUGUCCAGACACCUGUGGAGAGCAUCACCAAAGACGGGCAGCUCGGGAGCCCACCCACAGCGGAGUUGCAGCAGCUCGGUCUGGUUCAGAAGCCCAGGACGUUAGUGGGAAAUUCCUUCCACCCAGAGCCCUUGCUCCCAAAGGAGCAUGGGGAGGCAGUGUCUUCUUCCCAAGAACAGUCGCUGGUGGACAAGACUCCCACUACAAAAUCGCUGCCUGAGUUCAUAGACAGACGAAAAGACUUGUCUUACACCAUUUUCAUUUUAGAAAGUGCAAACGCCAAUGUGAAAAGAACAAAGGGGUCUAGCCCUAGUUUACUGUCUGAAAAGAGACACAGAAACCUUAGGAAGAAAAACUAUCAUUUCCGGUUGAUUGCAAAGAGUCCAGCAUCCUCUGCAGUGAGGAGCCUGGUAAAUUCCCCUGCAGGAGGGGUCUUUUCAUCUUUAGGAGACCUGAGUUAUGCAGAAAAGCCUUUUGCACAAUUAGAUGCUCCCUUAGAACCUCCUACAGAAAAACUUCUUGAAGAAAAUCAGGCAGCAAUAGAUGAUACUGAAGAAAACAUCCUCAAACCAGCCCUCACUGGGCCUAAAGAAGCUGCAUUAGAAAAUAUUCCCCCUGAGAAUCCUACUGUAGAGUCUAAUGGGCCUACAUCUGAUUUAAUUACAACUGCUCAGCAAACAAGCGAGCCACGGUUAGACUUCAACUUGGGGUCUGACUCCCAUGACCAUUUCAAAGAAUUUGCUUACCCAUUACUGAUGUCACCAGGUGAACGCUUUGAAUCUCAGCUAAACCAGCAGUUGCGGCCCCGCAUCCCCAACAACAACAUGAGAAAGCUUAUUUCUCACGUUAUCAGGACUUUGAAGAUGGAUUGCUCUGAUCCCCGUGUACAACUGUUCUGUGCCAAACUCAUCUUCAGAACCGGCCUCCUGAUGAAGCAUCUCAGUGAGCAACAAGAAUUCAAGUUGUCCAGGGCCGAAUGGGAUAUGGACCAGUGGAAAACUGACAACAUCGUCAAUGAGAGCACAGAAACCCAAGGUGAACAGAAGGGUCUGGAACAAAGUCAGAUGCGUAGUGGAUAAAGGUACUUGCCACCUCACGAUGCAAGCCAGGUGACCAGAGUUCCAUGCCUGGAAGCCUCUUGAAGGUGGAAGGAGAGAACUAACUCCAUAUGCUGUCCUUUGACUUCUGCCUGC